AUGCAUGAGUGUGUCCCAUUAGCCCGUAAAAAGGCCAAAACAGGCUGCAAGACUUGCAAAAUCCGCCGGGUCAAAUGUGACGAAGGCCGACCAGCUUGCCGACGAUGUGUAUCGACUAGUCGGGUCUGCGACGGCUAUGGUAUAUGGGGAGGAGGUGGAAGUCCUUACGGGCAGCCACAGAGCAACCGAACUCUAUCAACCUACUGCACACCAGUCCCAGCCGGCAACCUCAGCCACGAGGAACAGCUGUGCUUUGACUGGCUGAUUCAACGAACAGCAAAGAAGUUCGCCGGUUUAUUCCCAUCUGACUUCUGGGAGACCUUGGUUUUUCAAGCUAGCGGGCAGGAACCCGCCGUGCGUCACGCUGUCAUUGCCUUGUCGUCUGCGCAUCGUUUCCAACAGCGAUUCGCCGCCGCGCCAGAUAAAUAUGACGAAGAGUGUUUCACUCUUCAGCAAUAUAACAAGGCAAUUCAACACCUACGCAACAAUGCAACCGACAAUAGCUAUUCUCUCCGAGUAGCGCUGAUUACGUGUAUGCUCUUUAUCACCCUAGAAUACAUGCGCGGGCAGUAUACAGUGGGGAAUGCACAUCUCCAAUAUGGGAUAAAGCUCCUUCUCGAUAUAUCCGCGCCACGUCCACCGUCAUCCAUGGUUCCGACCGUUUUGUCUCCCGAAGAAGAUUUCGCCUACAACGCCCUGGUCGACGCCUAUGUCCGAUUAAGCAUUCAAUCAGCCAUGUUCGGGCCCGUGCCUUUAUACGUGUAUCUUGUAACAAAAGACCCGCAAACCACCAGUCUUCCCUAUACAUUCAACUCGCUUCUAGACGCAAGACGCAGCCUAGACGACCUCUUGAACAGAAUACACUGUCUAAAAAAGCAUUACCACGACUACUACGCAUCCCAGACACCAACUAGCGACCAACAAAUGCUCAAUACACAGAGCAUAAUCAUUUCAGACCUAUCCCUUUGGCGUAAAACAUACAAUGUCUCAGUCGCACGGCUCGAAUCCAACAAAAUAUCAGAAAGAGACCAAACCAGCUAUCUCCUCCUACGGUUGCACCACGAAAUGGCCACAAUAAUGGCCUCAGUCUGCCUCUCACCAGAAGAAACCGAAUCAGAGCUGAUAUUUGACACAUACACCGAUAACUUUAUCAGGAUAAUGACUGGCUUUGUCGAUAUAUGGAAAAGCUGGACAACAGCAGCCUUCAGCGAAGAAGAUCUCUCUAAACUAGCCACCGGACCCGACGACCUGAAAGCCAUCUUUCACAAUUUCAAGACGAUGUCCGACAUGAACAUGAUUCUGGAAACUUCUCUACUAGAGCUCCUCGAAAAGGCGUCUACAGUCAACCACUUCCUCCAAGCACCAGACUGUGGUAAGAGUGGGUUCACCGUUGAGAUGGGGUACAUCCCGCCUGUAUACUACACGGCUCUUAAGUGCCGUGUUCCGCGGAUCCGGCGCCAGGCUAUGAGGGCAUUGAGGGCUGCGCCGCAUCGAGAGGGGGUUUGGAAUGGCUCGAUUUUGGCGGAUGUUUUGGAGGAGAUUAUUAAGGUUGAAGAGGGGGACUUUUAUGCUGGCGAUGUCUGCGUCAAUUCGUCUGUUGGACAUAUUCUGCCUGGGGAAGAGGAUUUGCUUGUACCGAAGGUGCCAGCCGAGGCAAGAGUCUCAGAUGUUAGAGUUCUCCUGCCGGAUGAUGUUGCUGGGAAUACUUAUGUUAGCUAUCGGAAGAGGGCUGGGGGAGGCGAGUGGGUGACUUUUAAGCAGAAGAUCGGUAUAUAG